AAUCUUGCAUUUAGAUGCAGUAUGAAAAAUUAUUAUAUUAAGAAAAUAGUGUUGUCACAAGUUUUAUUAACAGAGAAGUUAUGUUAAUCACAAGAGUUGAGAGCACUUUAAUUGAACUAUUAAAAUCAUUAAGGGGAGUGAUAAGAUUUAUACAGGAGAUAUUUUGUCUUGAAAUCUGAGGGCUGUAUGAAAAAGAUAGUGAAUUGAAGAUUUUGAAUGGUCAAAUGGCUCAUUGAUGUCUUAUAAGUUAAACAAUUUCAGCUCCAAAAUGCUACAUAGUAGUGCUUUUAUUUACACACUAAGCGUAUAGUAAAUUCUAGAAAUGUCAGUUAAAGAACAAAACACUACUUUGGUAUUUCAGGUUCUGGAAAUAUCUUGUAGAGAGCAGCAUAACAACCAAUUAAACAAGUUAAACUAUAUUUAUUAAAAGUAAUGUUUUCUUUAAGUAUUUGGCUUAUAUUAUGCUGAAUUACAUCUGACUGGUGAUGGGGACACAUCCAUACAGGACAAGGAAAAGAUCAAGUAUAAUGCAAUAACACACUUCUAAGCCGGACAAGAGUCUUAUUGUAGUAUUCCUUGGUCAUUGAAUUACCUACAUUGUUUCAAAGCUAUGCUUCAUACUGAAUGUGUUUGGGGACGAAAUAAAAGAAAAUUCAGAUAUGAUUAUUUUUUCAAUAUGGAAUUAUUUUUCUUCAGUGAGAUGCUGCUUUUUAGUUUUGAAUUUGCGGUGUACAUUUGUCUAGAAAUAACAACACACCAGAACUGGAAACUUACAAUCUAUACACUAGAAUUACUGGUUGGAUCCAUAUGAACCAGAGAGUUAGCCUUGAGGGACCAAAUGUAUUUGUGUAAAACUUGUUCUGGUAAUUUAAAUCUUCAGAUUUUGUUUGUUUUAAAUUUUGGUGGUAAUAGCCUUUUAGAAGGAUUCAACAUUCUAAUUUUGUAUUUUGGUAAUUAAACUGUAAUCUUCAGAUAAGCACAUAAAGGAUGGAAGUAUUUAAGAUGAAAGUUGAACCCUUUUCUGAUGAGGAGCAGAAUGUUUCGUUGGAUAUCAAGAAGGUGAAAAAAGUAGAAACUUUAAUACUAUCACCUAUUAGGGAAAAAAAUGUAUUGUGUAUACCUUUAACAACAAGUGAAGUUCCUUCCAUAGAAGAUACAUCUUUAAGUACUGUGUUUGAGUUUGUUAUAGUAAAAGAUGAACCGGAAGAGGAUUGUAAUAAAGAAAUUGAAAAGACUGAGAACACAUUUGCCAGAGUGAAACAUGAACAGCCUAGUGACUUACACCAAGAUGAGAUAGUUUCCAAAUUCAAUGAUAGUGGUGAUGAUGAUGUGGAUAUUUCAAAAGAUUUUGUAAAGAGUAUGAAAACGGAAACUGGGUUCCAAGAAGAGUUGCAACAGCCUGGCUCUGGGUUAGAUGGUACAUCUGGUAUAAAGAAGUACAUGAACACCUGUUGUGGAAAGCAGUUUCCUAGUUGCUCUAUUUUAACACAAGCAUCUUCUUUUACAAAAUCUUGGAAACCACACAGUAGUGAUGUAUUUGGCAAAACAACUGCAAGUGGAAAUGAUCCAAAACAGUAUCAGCUACCCUACAGCAGAGACAAACCAUACAGUUGUGCCAUGUGUGGCAAAGAAUUCUGUAAAAACAGUGACUUGAAAAAACAUGUAAGGAUACACACUGAGGAAAAUAAUUACAUUUGUGUAGUAUGUGGCAAAGAAUUCUGUAAAAACAGUAACUUGAAAAAACAUGUAAGGAUACACACUGAGGAAAAUAAUUAUAUUUGUGUAGUAUGUGGCAAAGAAUUCUGUAAAAACAGUGACUUGAAAAAACAUGAGAGGAUACACACUGGGGAGAAACCAUACAGUUGUGUAAUCUGUGGCAAAGAGUUUGGAAGAAAUAGCAACCUAAAAAUGCAUCAGAGGAUACACACUGGGGAGAAACCUUACAGUUGUGUAGUGUGUGGCAAAGAAUUUGGAAGAAAUAGUGUCUUAAAAAUACAUCGGAGGAUACACACUGGGGAGAAACCGUACAGUUGUGUAGUGUGUGACAAAGAAUUUGGAAGUAAUAGUCACCUGAAAAUACAUGAGCGGAUUCAUACUGGGGAUAAACCUUACAGUUGUGGAGUGUGUGGCAAAGAAUUUAUCAGUAAUAGUCACCUUAAAAUACAUGAGGGGAAGCACACUGAGGAUAAACCUUACAGUUGUAGUGUCUGUAACAGGGAAUAUACACAUUACUCCUCUCUAAAAAGACAUCAGACUACUCACAGUGGAGAAAAACCAUACAGUUGUGUAUUGUGUGGUAAAAAAUUUGUAAGGAGUAGUAGCCUAAAAAAACAUGGGAAGGUACAUAUUGAGAUAAAACUGUAAAGAACUAUUAUACUGAAAAUAUUUAAAAGUAGUAUCUGUAACUAUAAUUGGGAGAAACAGUAUAGCAUGUAGUGUUGCAAAAUACAAGGAUUCACUCAGGGAUAAACCAUACCAUUGUGUACAGUAUCUAUGACAGAAAUAUUACAUCUCUCAGAAGUAAUCAGAUUACUUCCACAGAAUAUAAUCAUAUGGUACCAUGUUGUGAAGGGUCUGGAAGCACUACAAAUCUAAAAUCACAUCAUAGGAUAUAGAACUGUUGAGGUACUAUAUAGCUGUAAUGUAUGUGGCUGGUAAUUGUUGGACUGUUUUUACUUAGGAAAACAUCAGAGUUGAGAUAAGACCGAUAUUUAUGAGGUGUAUGGCAUGGAACCUGAGAGCCAAACAUAUGAAAUAUCACUAUAUAGAAAAUAAAAUUUUAUUUAUAAUUGCUAUAAGUCUUUGGUAAGGAAAAAUCUCCCAGUUGGUACCAGGAUUUUCAAUUAAUUUUUUUCUUUUUUUUUUUACAUAAUGUUUUAGUGGAAAUAGAUAAUUUUUUUAUGCACAUAAUUCAUCAUUUUUACAAUUAGGCUGGUUUCCAUAGCUUUUAAAGUGUUUUAUUUUGUUAGUUAUGUUUCAUUUCUUCAGAGGAACUAAGGUAAUAUACUUAUUCUGAUUUGAUACCAGUUGUAGCAUUGCAGGUUAAUUUGUUUCUAACUUUGUUUUCCUUUUCUUUUUUCCUGUUACUUUCCAGUGAUCCAAGUAUUGGUGUACAUAGAUUUUGUUGUGUAAGCUGUAUGAAACUUUGGAAAGGUUUACAAUAAUAAACCAAAUAACUAUUUUAGUUUAUCUUGCUUCCCUCUUUGCAUAAUUUAAAGUUGUAAACACAUUAAAUAAAGUGUAAUUCUAUUGCAGAUGACAAUGAUGAUAACUUUACACAACUUUGUUUGCCUUACUGAGGAAUCUAGGGGAUGUACAUGCAUCUUAUAACAGCUGACUUAAUUUGAAAUAAUUUUUAUGACUCAAAAUAAUUUGGGUAUUGAUUGUUCAUUAUAAUAAUAUGAGGAAAACAAGGGUUCUAUUGGUCCAUCUAAGCCAUCCAAUCCACUAAACUAAACUUUGAAAUAAAAAUAUUCAGUGCCAGCCUUUAUUUGAAUAUUUAUCAAGCCUUCCUUUAAACUCCCUUAAAUUUACUGCAUCCAUCUUAGCUGAAGAUGACUUUAACAUUGCCAAAAUUUAUAUUUGUGCUCCCUAGUCCUGCCAUGAUUACCAUUAAGAGCAGAUAAAGAUGGUGCAUCAACACUAUCAAUCCACUUAAUUCUUUGAAACACCUCAAUCAGAUCCCCUGUAACUCUUCUUAACAUGUCCUUUUAUGACAACCUUUCUAUUCCAGGUGUUAUCCUAAUAGCCCUUCUCUGAACCUUUUCCAACAAUUCAGUGUCCUUCCUAGGAUAGAGAGCCAGAGACUGAACAUAAUACUCCAAAUAUAACAUAACUAGUGAUCUAUAUAAUGAAAUUAAACCUCUUUAGACUUGUAUUCAAUAUUUCUAUACAUACAACCCAAAAUCCUAUUUGUCAUGCCACUAGUAACAGCACAUUGCUUGGAUAGUCUAAGAGGUUGAUUAACCAGAACACCAAGACCAUUUUCUUUCAUACCACUGUCAAGGUUAUUCCCAUCAAAAUUGUACUUAUAAUUCAGCUUGUGAUAUUCCAAAUGCAUUACUUUGCAUUUUUAUUAUAAUUAAAACCCAUCUGCCAUUUAUUUGUUCAACUUGCCAAAUAAUUGAAAUCCUUUUGUAAAGCAGCAGCAGCAUCCACUUCAUAGUCAAGCAACAUCCACAAUCUUAAUAUAAUCAGCAGAUUUAAGUAAUUUAUUAACCCUCCCUUUGUCUAUGUAAUUGAUGUCAAUCCAAAAGAGAAAGGUCUUAACACUGAGCCCUGAAUUACCACACUCUACUUUCUUCCAUAUAUCCAGUUUUCUACUCAAUGAGCCAACUCAUCCUACAUAACCUAAAAAAAAAAUAUAUUAAAUGUUUUAUGUGACACCUUGUCAAAUGCUACCUGAAAAUCCAGACACACCAAAUCCACACAUGUACUUAUGCAGUAACCUCUUCAAAGAAUGUAAAAAGAUCAAUAAGGGAAGAUUUUCCCCUUGUUAAACCAUGCUGACUAUCCAACAAAAUUUUAAAACUUGUUAAUUAAAUGACUUUGCAAAACAUCUUUUAUCAGACUUUCCAAAACUAACUACAACUGAUGUAAGACUAAUAGGUUUGUAAUUACUAGGACCAUUUUUAUCACCUACCUUGAAGAGAGAAGUAAUAUUAGCCAACUUACAAUCUUUUGUCACCUGCCAACUAUUCAAGGACUUAUGAAAAAAAUAAUAGGAAGUGACUCACAUAUCCAGUCCUUAACCUCUUUCAAAACCCUUGAAUAAAUAUUAUUUGGCCAUGGUGCUUUAUCAUUCUUUCUACUUCCCAACGUUUUCUUAACAAGCUAGGGAUUAAUGUGAUUAUCUUGUUUAACCUUGUUUUCAUCUAGCAACUGUUUAGGAUGAGGAAUAUUGUUUAAAUCUUCAUUAGUAAAAACUGAGGAAAAAAGUAGAAUUUAAUAACUCAGCCAUCUCGUAAACUGCUAAUUAUUUCAAUCAGUAAUAUUCCUAUAUUGUCUCUCCUAAAAAAGUGUAUCAAAAAAUUCAAUAAAUUGUACAAAUAGUUAUUUGAGUAUUAUUGAUAUAAAAUCUGCACAUAUACUGGACUGAAAUAACAGUGAAUAUAUAUUUCUUAUCCUUUCAAUUCAGAAAUUAUGUACAAACCAUAAAUCAAUAUUUUAGACAUCUUGGAAGUAUAAUUAACCUCAGGACUUUUCUCUUACUGUGUAAUACUGAAGAGCAAUAAAAAUAAUCAGGUGAACUGUA